AUGCGAUCUCCCCUGCUGGCAGCUGACAUCGCUGCUUUGUGCAGGGCGAGGGCCUUGAGAGGUGCACCCGUGCCACUUCUGCCCCGCACGAUGGCCAGCGCAGCCAUCCCCACCUGGGAGAAGGUGUACAUCAACGGCCAAUGGAGUCGCCCGUCUUCGGCUAACCUUUUUGACGUGAUCGACUCCAACACGGGUAAGGUUUGCGCACGUGUUCCUGCUGCCGGCGUGGCGGAUGUGGACAAGGCAGUGGCGGCGGCGCGCGAGGCAUUUGUGUCCUGGGCCGAGAAGUCCCUGGACGAACGCAAGGCAGUCUUGCAGAAAGUCCUGGAGACAUGGCAGGGCAAGAAGGCGCAAGCUGCUGAGUGGCUCUGCAAGGAGCUUGGCUGCACGGCGACCUUUGCGAAGACGGUGCAGGUCAACAUGGUGGACUUCCAUCUCGGAACCAGUCUGAAGCUCGUUGACAUGGUCAAAUUUGAGGAGAAGAUGGCAUUCGGAUCGCUGGUGGUGCGAGAGCCUAUCGGUGUCGUUGGCUGCAUCACGCCGUGGAACUACCCGCUGAAUCAGAUUGCGGCCAAAGUCUUCCCUGCCAUGCUCGUGGGUUGCACCAUCGUUCUGAAGCCCAGUGAGGUCACCCCUGUUUGUGCAUACCUUCUUGCGGAGGCUGUGCAUGAGGCCGGAGUACCUCCUGGAGUUUUCAACAUGUUGAUGGGUGACGGACCAAACUGUGGAGAGGCCGUUGCAGCCCAUCCUGGUGUUGACAUGGUUAGCUUCACGGGCUCCACGCGAGCAGGUCGCCGAAUCUCCGAGGUGGGUGCGCAGACGUUGAAAGUGGUCCGCACAGAGCUUGGUGGCAAGAGUGCUGCGCUGCUGCUGGAGGACGCGGACCUGCCCAAGCUGGUCCCUAAGUUCAUGCAGACGUUGAUGAACAACAGUGGCCAAUCCUGCAAUGCACUGAGCCGGAUGCUGGUUCCGAAAACUCGCUAUGAUGAGGCUGUUGAGCUUGCAAAGAAGGUUGCUGAGAAGACCGUUGUCAGCUUUGCGCAAGAUGAGAAGGCCUCGAUAGGCCCGCUUUCCUCCCAAGCGCAAUGGGAGAAGGUGCAGGGCUACAUCCAAACCGGAAUCAAGGAGGGUGCCCGGUUGGUCACCGGGGGAUCUGGCAAGCCAGAUGGCCUGUCGGACGGCUUUUUUGUCAAGCCUACAGUCUUUGCAGACGUUGACAACAAAAUGACAAUCGCGCAAGAGGAGAUCUUUGGCCCCGUUCUGUCCAUCAUCCCCUAUACGACUGAGGAGGAGGCCGUCCGCAUCGCCAAUGACACGGUCUACGGCUUGAACAACGCCGUGGGCAGCGCCUCUCCGGAGAAGGCUGUAGCAGUGGCCCGGAAGCUUCGCUCAGGCAUGGUUAUGAUCAACGACACGUCCGUCAUGCCGGAUGCGCCCUUCGGGGGCUACAAGCAAAGCGGAAACGCGCGUGAGUGGGGACUGAUGGGGCUUGAGGAAUACCUGGUCACGAAGACGCUGGCUGGAAAGCCUCCUUCGAAACUUUAA